UUCCAGUUCUGCAUGUUUGGCAACACUUGAUAUUAUCAGGCUUUUAAAUUAUAGUCAUUAUGUGGGUGUAGUAAUAUCUCAUAUUUUCAUUUGCAUUUCCUUAAUGACGUGAUGUUGAGCAUCUUUUCAUAUGUUUAUUGGCCUUUCAUGUGUCUUUUGUGACUUGUCCAAAUAUGUCACCCAUCCUAAAUUAGGUUGUUUCUCUUAUUCUUGAGUUGUAGGCAUUGUUUUAUAAUCUGGAUACCAGCCUUUUGUCAGAAUAAAUCAUUUUUUUCCAUGUAUAUUCCUACUGUGUUCAAGUUCCACAGUUGUCUUUGCUGUUCCUUAAAUAGGCUAAGGCCAAACGUGUCUACGGAGGCUUUGAACUCUGUUGCCUGGAGUGCUGCUCUCCCACAGCUGGUCAGACCUUCUCCCUCCGGUCACUGUUAAAGUGGUCUUUUUGGUGACAUCUUUCUUAACCUUCCUACUUAAAAUAGUAAUACCCCAUGGCCUGGCACCUCCACCCCUUUUCUCUAUUUUAUUUCUCCAUAGCACAUAUCCACCCAACAGUUACAUUUGUUAUUUACCUAUCUUCUUGUGUAAAGAAAAAUAUUGACCCAACAUAAGCUCCAACCAUAAGGAACAAGGAAAAUGGUUCUAUUCGGGCUGUUAAGGGAUUACCUCCUCCUUGGAGGCCAAUACGGUCAGGGAUGACAAAUUCAUGAGACUGCUAGAUGAAGGAAGAGGUUGAUCUCAGUAAGGUGCGGUCACCUACCUCAACUAGCCAAGGGAGAUCGGCAACCGCGGCCGCUCGAGGCUUUCCCUAAAUGACCGCACGUAGAGCAAGAAGGAAACUUGAGCCCCGCCUGCCUCGAAAAAUAACUGGAGCAGCGGAGACCUAUACGGGGCUCAUCUUGGCCACACUUUUAUUUGCACAGGAAGAAACUGAGGACGUCUCAUCUAAGGCUGAACACGGGUUAGGGACAAGGCUGAGGGGGACUUCGCACCCAGGCCUCAGCUUCCGCCCCCGGAUCCGCUCCGCCCUCCGCGCCCCUCCGGCGGGGGGUCGAAGGGCCUGCUCACCGGCGGGUGGGACUGUGGCGCGGAACCUUCCGCCCGCUGAGAUCCGGAAAAACGGGUUAAGGCUGGGGCGCUGCCGCGGCCGAGCGGCCGGAAGCCGGGGGCUUUGUUUCCGAGGGGAAGACCUUAGGAGUCGGACUGGGCGCGACGUAGAAUCCUGCUAAUCUAUGAAAUGCAGUUAACACAUCAGCUGGACCUAUUUCCUGAAUGCAGGGUGACCCUUCUGUUAUUUAAAGGGGUAAAAAAUUCUGGAGACUUGAGGAAAAAGGCCAUGGACGGUGCUAUUGAUGGUUCCUUAAUAAACCCUACAUUGAUUGUUGAUCCAUUUCAGAUACUUGUGGCAGCCAACAAAGCGGUUCACCUCUACAAACUGGGAAAAAUGAAGACAAGAACUCUGUCUACUGAAGUUAUUUUCAACCUUUCCCCAAAUAACAAUAUUUCAGAGGCACUGAAAAAAUUUGGUAUAUCAGCAAAUGACACUUCAAUUCUAAUUGUUUACAUUGAAGAGGGAGAAAAACAAAUAAAUCGGGAAGACCUGAUAUCUCAGGUAGAAGGUCAUCAAGUAUCUCUGAAGAAUCUUCCUGAAAUAACAAACAUCACAGAAGUCAAAAAGAUAUAUAAGCUGUCUUCACAAGAAGAAAAUAUUGGGACAUUAUUGGAUGAUAUUAUUUGUAGAAUGUCAACAAAAGAUGUUUUGUGAAAUGACAGAUAGUAAACUUUCAACAUUUAUUAAAACCAUUGAUUUCCCUUUCCUUUUUAUAAAAUUUAUAUGUGUUCCUUAUAGAAAUUUUUAAAUACAAUGGUAAAACAAAACAAAAAGAAUACACCCACUCCUAUAUUAAUAUUUUAGUAUUUUAAAAGAGAAUCACUGUUACUUCUAUUUGUUAUUGUCUUCUACUCUCCUGUUUUUAUUCCUAUAUAACUGGAAUAAUUGGAUGUCUGUAAUGUACUAGGUUCUUGGAAUAGUGAUUUCAUAUCCAUCAGCUCAUGCCCCUGCUUAUUUCUGGCUACCCUGGCAUUCUCCCUCCAAGGCUCCUGGUUCUAAGGGUUCUACAGUCAAGACUUCACUUAAUUCUCACCAUGCCUCAGGAGGUAGAUACUGUUUUUACCCCCAUUUUUAAAACAGGCACAAAAGGUUACUUAUU